CAUCACUUGCAUAAAACCUUUGCAGGAAUGACGUUUAAAACUCUUCUUUCUGACACUUUUUUUUAAGCUAAUCAUUAUUACUUCUACUGUCAGUACCUCCGAAAUACAUAAACAAAUUUAAUCCGCAUCAUAUAAAUUAAUUAUACAUUGCUUCAACAUGGAUACUGCUUCUAAGAAAAGUAAAGUUUCAAUGAUGACUAUGAAAAGCUCAACACAGACCAAAUCUAUCGCUAAUGUAGCUGGUAAAUCUAUGAGUAGAUUACGAGUUCGGAAGCAGUCGUAUGGGUUCUCUGGAGUGCCUGGUAUCUCAGCUGGGAAACGGAGUUCACAGAUCGGAUUAGAGUUCAAACGUCCACCUCUGUUAUUUCUGAAUACGUAUCAACUGGACUCCAGAUUUAAGUUUUGCGAGCCAGCUGUCGAGAAAAUCGUAGAUCAAGUGGUUGAGCGACACUUUAUACAUCACAAAUAUAAUGACCAGGAUUCUCCUGCACUGGCCAUGCGUGUAGCUGGAGAAGUAAUGCGCGACGUUAAAUCUUUGGGAUUCAAUCGCUAUAGAAUCAUUUCGGUUGUCACUCUGGGACAGAAGAGGUCACAGUGUUAUAACAAUGCCGUCGCGUUCCUAUGGGACCAUGAGAGAGAUAGCUACGUCAACCUUCAAAGAGAGGUCACCUCUGCUUUCAUUCAAGUCACUGUGUUUGGUGUAUACCUUGACUGAUCCUAUUUAUAGCUCCUCGAGCUUAUUUGCUACUGGUACGACGUAGGAUUUUAUUUAAGAAUUUUAAUUAGCUAUACAAUGGUUUAGAUGGAAUGGUUUAAUUUUA